UCAAAACCAACCAGAAACAUUCUAGCAGUUGGCCGCGCACGACUCGCGUGAGUCAUGUCGUUCGCAGUCGUCGCUCGACCUCAGCGAAUGCAAACUUGCACAAUCACACCCGGACCUAUCACCUCUGUGCGUUAACACCUCACCGGUAGUGCCAAAGGAUUAAUCCCUAAUCGUGCUGUGUGUGAACACCCUCGCCCGUGUCAAAUCAGCUGACCUUGUUACGACUGCUGGGCGUAAGUGAGAAAUGUGGCGAGGCGAGACAAACGCUGGUGUGAUUCGUGUAUUUGUACGCUCAGUGCACAAGGAGAUUGAUAAAAUUACAAUUCGACAAUGAGCAGUCGUGGCUAUUAUAUUCCCGGUGCCCCUUUUAUGUAUACGGGUGGCGAGCCGGGUUCUGGCAUGGACUGCUUGCAGUUACGCCAACAGCCGGGUCCAUUUCACUAUCUAAUCAGCGAGCAGGCGAAGUCGCUGGUCGCCCUGCAGGAGUUACAGCAUGAGGUGGGCGCCCUGCUCGAGUUUCGCGACCUCGUCAUCGAGACGUUCCCGAAUCUGCGCACCAAGAUGGCCACCUCAUCGCCGGCGACGAUGAUGACCUCCAACAUCCCGGUGGCGGUGCGUCGCGAUUGGGAGCCGGGAGUGCGCGUCCGCCGCAAACUGCACAAUAAGGACGAAUCGCGCGCAAAGAAAACGGAAUCGUCGGCGGUGCAGGAUUCGGGUUUUAGUACGGAGACUAGUAGCAAAGAGACGCACAGCGCUUCUUCCUCAUCGGCACCUCCUACAUCCGCGCCAGCGGCUGUGGACGAAGGUGAAGCCGAAGACGAAUUGUGGAAUCUCUUGGAUGUGAUACAUCGCAAAGGCACACGGUUAAAAGACGAAGUGGAGGCGCUGCAAGGCGCGCUGAGGGAUCAGGGGGAUACCAGAAAGGAAUCGGACUUCCAGCGGGUGUUGUUUCAUGCGUCCGCCGAUGAUGUGCGGAAUCUACGACAUGAGCGUGAUAUGCUGUUGGAUAGAGUGGCCGAGAUGGAGGCUGAGGUCCUUGCUGGGCGAGUGCACACGUCCAGACUCCAAGAGGACCUGGAAAAUCUACUCUCUACCAAACAGGACCUCGAGGAUCAACUACGUAACGUCGUCAGUCAGAGCGGCGAGGUGAACUCGCGCAUCCACGACCUUCAUCUCCAGUUUGUGACGAAGGAUGCCGAUGACCGGGUGCAGAGUGCAUGUGCUAAUAAAGUUUGUGUUAGUACUAGUCAAAGGACGAUCAGUAGACGUGGCAGGUCUGAUGAGUUGGAUCUCGCGCUCGGCGAUCAGCAGCCAAAGGUGGCGCUGCCGGAUUCGAAGAAGAUCGCCGCCAUUCUCAAGGAGUAUGACCCGAUUGUCUUGCAGAAGCAUCUGUUGACAUCCACCGUUCAAAAUCAAGUUCUACAACUGCAACUCGAUACUGCAGCUAGAUUGGAGCAGAAUUUGGUGGACAAACUGGACAAGGCACGAGAGGAAAACGAUGAGCUUAAGUUUCAAUUGGAAGAUAGAAAUAUUGAAUUGGAAGGAACCAGAGCACAUGUUAGAAUGUUGGAAAACCAGAAAAAGCCGCCCAGUGGGAAAUCUCCGGAUAUUAUUCCCGCUUUGGAUACAGCUUCCGAACGGACUGAGAUCAGUACAUCGAGCAUGAAGGCCAUGAGUCCCUUUCCUAUCAAUCAGCAAUUGGACCACAGCAGUAGCACAGAAUCCGCACAGGACCAAGCGGAAAAUACGCGAAAAAGCGUGGAAACACCCCGACGACGACCUAGCAAGAUUCCUUUGGGUAAGAGUUACGCGGCACCCAAACCGCCAAGCGGCGGCAAGCACUCUCCGGCACUUGGUGCACCUCGUAGUCGCAGUGGAGAGUCCCCCGGGCGGCCACAAUCGGCGCAAUCGUGGCGUAACAACAAAAGCGAAGGAAAUUCACUUUCCGGAAGCAAGUCUUCGACAUCACUGAGCAAAUCGCGGAAUGGGUCCCUAACUACAGCAAAAGACUCGCUCACCGGCAAGCUGCGCACCAGUGAGUCGCUAACCCGCUCGGGAAAGGACAGUUCGGUGACGAGUUAUGGCGGCGGUGGUUCUACGCGCGGGUCGACAAUGCGGAAGGGCGCCGCACCUGCGACACCUGUGCGUCGCAACAACAGCAUUCGGGACGCGCCCGAUUCGAAGAUUGAUUUAAAUCUCAAGAAAGCCCAGUGGAUUCUUUCAGCGUCGUCUUAUCCAAGCGACGUGGAACAACUAUACAUGGAUUCAUUGGAUAGAAUGGAUCGGACAGGACCUCCUAUGCCGUCGCCAAGCUCACCUACGAAGAAUUUUUACUGGGGACAGAAUCAACGGGAGCUUUUCUACGAUAGUAUUGACUCGAAUCAAUCAUCGAGUAUGUAUCAGGGCGGCGAGGAGCUCGCCGAGUGCGAUUCCCUUGAGAAGCAGAUUUCGGACGUGUCCGACCGGAAGUUUUAACUAUUUAUUUUAAUUGACACCGACAAGAAUUCAAAGGCGCAUGAAAACAUUCCGCUAUGAUGUUCACCGUCCAAUUCUCAUCAAUUUGCGUUGAGACAGAAUAAUUGAAUGGAAACAAUGCAGAAAUCAGUCCUUUGUGUAAUCGACAAUUAAAUAAUUAGAAAUGAAUUACGAGCGUGAAUGAAACAUAUCUGUAAUGAAUGAUGGAGAAUAUCUAUUGUAAAAUAUGGCAUUUGUAUAUACAUUUAAAUUACGGGCCGAGUUGAGAGAGAAAAAGAAUUUAGCAAAUGCGUUUUGAUACGAUUAGUGAAAUGCUUUUAAAACUAAAUUAUGCAUUUAUUUAAAUACAGCUGAAGAUAGAGUUUGUAAAUAAAACCUAAUAUAUUUGCUGUGUAGGACUGUGAUAGGUAAAUAUACAGUAGGCUUUUUGAGCAACAAUGGAAUUCGUAACGACUAAGUAUAACAGGCGUAAAUCAGGGGAUUUUAUUAACAAACGGCUCUUAUAUUCUUCCAUUCGCAUUCAAUUGUAUUGCCUCUAGUAAACUUAGCAUGAAUAUUGACUGAACCGGCAACUUAUAACAAUUACGAUAAACUGUAAGCAUAAUCGAUAAGUAUGACUAUUUCAAAUUGUUCCUCAAUGUCCAUCACAUACCAAAUCUUCAGAUUAAACAUUCAUUGCGUCGCCUAGCAUCACUAACCAGCGUUGACAAGACAUCAUCAAUAAAGAAAUUCACGACAUUGCUAGCAAUCGUAAAAAGUUUUAAGAUUAACACGUAAUUGUAACAUAAAACAAAUGCAUAUUGUAAACGCAAGACUGUUUUAUGAAUGAAUUUGACAGUCGACUUUAGUUCAUGCCACAAUUUCAUGUGAUACAAAUUUAGAAUGCUCAUUUUGUAAAUUAUAAUAAUUGUAUUUAAGUAAUCUUUCUUUUUGUGUAUUAUCUUUUGUGUGCGUUGUGUUUAUCCGGACAGCUUUGUGAAGUAAAUUUAAUUGGUAAUGUUGUAAUAUUUAGACUUAUUUAAAACUCUUAUAAAUGAUUAUUUGAUAAUUAUACGACUGAUUUAUAAAAUCAUACGCAUUUUUCUGCUAAAUCAAGCGAAGAGUUGUAAAUAGCGAUUAUUGUUUAUAUUGUAAUAAUAAUGAUAUUAAAUAUAUUCGAACAUUAUUACAGUU